CUUCCCCACCUUCGUUUUCCGAACCGCUCCAAGACUUCCUCCUCCCGGGCCCCGGCGCGCGCGCUCUCGCUCUCUCUGUCUCUCUCUCUCUGUGUGUGUGUGUGUGUGUCUCCCUCUCUCUCGCACGCGGUCGCGAGCCUCCGCCGCGAGCGCGAGCCUCGGCCAGGCGAGCGAAGAGGCAAGCGAGCGAGCGAGCGGACGGGAGAGACCGAGCGAUCCAGAGAUCGAUCCAGCCAAGCCAGCGGGAGCCGAGGCCAGCUGGAGCGGCAGCAGCCAAGAUGGAGUCGCGGCUGAAGCUGCAGGGAGCGAGGCAGCGCCUCUAAAAAAAAAAAAAAAAAAAAAACAGAAAAAAAAAAAAGGGCUCCCGGCCCGCCGCCUUGACCGGCCGGGGCCCCCAUGGCCUGGCCCCUCGCAGGCCCCCCUUGGGUUGUCCCUCGGCCGGUGCCGCGGGGCUCCCGCGACUAAGCCUCCCUUCGCAGCGGGGACGGCCGCCGGUGUGCGCCCGCCUUCUCCCUUUUCAGCGCCGCCGGGGACCCCGGCGCUUCCCGGCACGAUGCUGCCUUCUCAGGAGGCCUCCAAGCUGUACCAUGACAACUACAUGCGGAACUCGCGGGCCAUCGGCGUCCUCUGGGCCAUCUUCACCAUCUGCUUCGCCAUCAUCAACGUGGUGGUCUUCAUCCAGCCUUACUGGAUCGGCGACAGCGUCAGCACGCCCAAGCCGGGUUAUUUCGGCCUCUUCCACUACUGUGUGGGCAACGAAGGCAACAACCGGGAACUCACCUGCCACGGCUCCUUCGCCGACUUCCGCAGCAUCCCCUCCGGCGCCUUCAAGGCCGCCUCCUUCUUCGUGCUGCUCUCCAUGGUGCUGAUCUUGGGCUGCAUCACUUGCUUCGCCCUCUUCUUCUUCUGCAACACGGCCACGGUCUACAAGAUCUGUGCUUGGAUGCAGCUACUGGCAGCUCUCUGCCUGGUGCUGGGCUGCAUGAUAUUCCCAGAUGGCUGGGACUCAGAGACCAUCAGGGACAUGUGCGGGGAGAAGACAGGGAAGUACUCAUUGGGCGACUGCUCCGUGCGCUGGGCUUAUAUCUUAGCCAUCAUUGGCAUCUUGAAUGCCCUUAUCCUCUCCUUCCUGGCCUUCGUCCUCGGCAACCGGCAGAACGACCUGCUUCACGAAGAGCUCAAAACAGAGAACAAAGAUUUUGUUGGCACUGCGAGGAUAUAAUGUAGAAGAGGCAGGAAGCCCCUUUUCACUGGUACCUGGACUGGACUCUCAUCCUUCCCACCUCAUCUCCCUCAUGGCCUUUCUUUUGCGGCUGCCAACCAGGGGGGAAACCCCGUCCCACUCCACGGUCUCCGAAUUCGCCGACCUCACCUGCGUGCCGUUUCCAGAGACAUAUGGUCAUCCCUCAUGAACCGCCAGCUUUGACUCGUAUUCCCUUCUGCUGAUUGGCUUCCCCAACUUGCCUUUCCUGCUUCCGAGGGGAGGGAAACGUACACAUUCCAACUGUUAUGCUCAAAAAAAAGGAAUGACACCACCGGGAUUUUUAAUACUUCCUUUUCAAGAUUUCCUCCUUUCUGGGAGAAGCAUCCAGCGGGGUCCUCGAGGCCGCCCUCCUUCUCAUGAUGCAAGAGCUGGUGCCAAGACGAUGCUGCUGCUGUUGCUGCUGCUGCUGCUGUUGUCACAAACUACCAGGGCACUUCUUUGCCGCAUCGGUUCCCGUUUUUAACUUUCUGGCCCCUUUGCUCAUCCCUGCAGCCGUUCAGUACCAUGCCGUGCUCAAGGCUGGCCCGUUUGAUACUUUUAGGUGUAAAAUGAAAUUGUCUCUGAACAGGGUAAGGUGAGCCCAGAUCCCCUUCUCUCGAGGGGAUUCCAGCCACCAGAACUUUGAGUUUUCCAAUCCAUUCUGCCCAGGUAAUGCAGCCGCACCUUUAUGUCUACAAGACGGGGGGUGGGGAGGAAUAGGGAGAGGUCCAACCUGCUGGUAUUUCUCUGCUCACUACUAUGGGGCUCUCUCCAAUCUCAGCCUGCAAGAUGAGUCCUUGAAUGUAAUUCUUGGCUAGAACCUCCCCUCCAUCCCCAUGCCGGGCAUAAGAAAGGAGCCAAAGAUUGGGCUAAGGUGAGGGAUGUCACCUGUUGGCAUCUGGCUGGCUAUGAUGGCAGCUCAGGUGUGAGGCUCGUGCCAAAUGCUGCUUCUCUCAAACCCGUGGUGCUUCAUCCUUCUUGAGUAAAAGCAACAUGGGGGGGGCUGGGCAAUCGUGAGUGAAGGGAGGAAAUGGGCCAUGCUGUGAUGCCAGCUAUGCCUCUUGGGUGGGCUGAGCAUUCAGAGAGACAAAAGCGAGCUAAGAAACUGAUUCCCCUACCCCAAAAAUCCAGCCGCCGCCACCCUUUCACAGUCCCAACAGUAUCAUUGAAGAACUAAGACAGAAGUAUACUGUCCUAAAUGUUUCGACAGUUGUGCCUCUCUCCAGGCAUCAGGGUAGCAGCUAAUCCCUCACGAUUUGGGCUGAAUUCUGAGAGGCUUCCUCAGAAGUAGCCAUUUUGUCCCAGAUUAGUGGGCCUAAUUUGUUUCCCAUACGAAUUAGGUCUCAAGCCACUUAUCAGAGAGAUUUCCAGGCUAGGAAUAUGAUCCAAGUUGGAGACAUAGAGACACAUGCAAUUUUUGCCUAGGAAACCCCUUUCCUCACGCUUCCCGUCAGCAUAUAGCGUAUUGAUACUCUAAAGAUACUAUGACCAUGAAACAAGCAAUAGUAAUCUUGAAAAUGGUUCCAAAAACAGCUUUUUUUUUUUUCCACAGCCAAGACCACCAAGGGCCUAAAGAGUGCCAAAAAGCAGGUACUUAGAAUCACGGGGCUGGAAGGGAUCUCCGAGGUCUUCUAGUCCAACCCUCUGUUCAAGGCAGGAGACUUUAUACCAUCCUAGUCAAAUGGUUGUCCAGAAGGCAGAGAGGAGAGAGGGAGAAGAAAAGAAGUGUGGAUCACAAAACAACAACAACAACAAAAGCAGAUGGGAAUGUAGAGAUGAGCUAAGAAUUUAUGGUGUCUGGGGCACAAUACCCCAAUAGCAUCCCCAAUGACUAUCAAAGUGUCAGUCAUAUAGCUGAGCAUUCGCUCUCUGCUGUUUUGGUGGGAUGCCCAGUCCUGUUACUGGCCAAACUGACCCUGAGCCAGUGGUAUGAUGGUCCCAGGUGAGAAGCUUGCUUAGAACUUGGUUGUACUAGAGUCAAAUACCAAAGGAACCCAUGAGAUGGGGGGGGGGGCAGUGUGCGGAACGUGUGUGUGUGUGUGUAUCGUUACAGAUUUUGAAGACACAAAAAGAAGCCACAGCAGAUCUCCGCUCACCCGUCCCACUAUUAAUAGCAUGAUUAGAUGGAUAUUUGAAUCAAAAUGGUGGCACCUAAAGGGGGUUGAUCUUGAUGAGUUCUCUCCCAAGCUGCUACUUUUUUCCUUCCAGAAAGAAAAGUUCCCUUUCAUGAGGUAAAUAACUUCAGGAAAAUGGUUUUCAUCAGGGAAAAGACACUGGAUAAAAAGUUAUCUCCCUGCCUCUCUGCCCAGCAUUAUGUUUGUGACAGGAUUCACACAAAACAUUGCUUUUAAUGGUUAAGAACAGCAAUUAACAGCAUGCCUAGCUUUACCCUGCGGGUAAAAAGAUAAAAUGUGAAAAAACCAUAACCAAUGGAGGAGAUCUACAGCCACGAUUGUAGCAUGGUCAUAUUAUUGUUUCUGCCAAAGCAUAACACGGUGAGGUUACCGAGAAGCUGCCCCGUUAAUGGGAGUGCCGCUACUUGAUAACCUACCAUCAAGUAUUAUGAUGUUAACUCGAAUGUUCCAAGGGAAUUUGAGCUCCUGAAAAGGAAAGGAAAAAAAAAAGUAUUUUUAUGGAGUUUACCUUCCUCUCCAAAUCCCCAGCCAAAUUCCGAGAUGAGAGGAAAGACAAGCAAGGAAAGCCAAAACGUGGGAAGCUGAUUCAAAAGUCAUUCAUUCAAAGUUUACUGGUCAAAGGCCGGGAAAUGCAAUGAAGUCAUAUCUUUAAGAGUCGAAGCCCAUAGCAACAUUCAAGCUGGAUUAAUUGGUGGACUUACACACACACAUACAUACACACACACACACAGAGUUGUGCCAGUUUACCAUAUCUCUAAGUGUAAUGUAGUACACAUUGCCAUUCGACCCAGCCGUUGCCACAAAAACAUCAAAUCCAUGACCUCAAAUUAUUUAGCUGCACUGGCCUCAGUUCUCCUUGACACAAGAGAAUCAUUGCCAAGAGGAAAAGGAAAAAAACAAACAAACAUUUAAAUAAACCAGAUUAAAGGCUUUUCUCCCUUGCGGGCCCAGACACGCAUAUUCUGUUCUAUUCACAGAUCUCAGCUCCCACUUUCUUAUUAUUUAUUCUAGGAAAAGAAAUAUAAAUACCUUAGUAAAGGGUUUUAGCGGUUGGGAACAAGGAGGCAGCUUUAGUCCACAAGCUGCAAGGCUAUUUAGCAUUGUGUGAACCAUCAGAAAAAGAUUACCCUGCACUGGUGGAGCAGGAGGAUUGGGGGGUGGAUGGAGGGAGAAGGGGCAAAGACAGGGUGCACACGAAUUCAUGUUCUACCGCAUUUGCCGGAGAAAUGGUAUUGCUGUUAAUGGAAAUGGGUAGAUGGGUGGAGAAAGGAAAUACAGUAGCUGUAAUAUAUAUCUGUAUUUUAGUACCAAAAAAAAAAAAAAAGAGUUUGAUACAGUGUUUCACAAAACUUUAACCGGAAAACAUAAAAUUCAAGUUGGAUUGAAUCGGA